AUGGACAACAUGUUGGCAGACGUCCGCUGGGUGAAAGAGCGGGUUGACAGGCUCGCGACGAUGUUGGACAUGGAGAUGUCCGCGGGCAAGGCCACGUCGCACAAAACGAACUGGACCGAAUACCGCUCCCUGAUAGGAGAGCUAGUGGACGGCCUGCAGCAUGUCGAGAGGCGGGCCGAAGGCUAUUCUACCCGCGGGGAAGCUGGGGCUGCACCCGCUACCCCUCCGCCUCAAACACCGAUGUCAGAUUACGCCCCGGCUGAAAGUCCAGCUUCAAGCGAGAAGAGCCAUUCCGAAGUCCUACCAUCGACAUCAGACGACGCCCCAGAUGAAGGCCCAUCUUCAAGCAAGACCCGCCCUGCUGAAGUCCUCCCGUCGACGUCAGACAACGCCUCAGACGAAUGCCCUCCUUCAAGCGAGACUCGGCAUGCUGAAACUCCGCCUUCGACGGCAGGUGAAAGGCCAAACCAGUGUCAAGAAGGCCACGGCGUCAUAACAAUACAGGAAAGACCCAGGAAGAUUGCGACACGCACUCAAAAGACGUCUACGCCGAGAAGCCGAGCGCCUGAUGCAGCAGCAACGAUAGCUCCCCCUUAUCAGCCCGAUCAACCUCAGCCUGGAACCACGAUUCCUCAUCGGGAAGAGGACGGAGUUAUCGUUCUUUUGCCCAGCCCCGAGCAGUGUAAGGAUCUGCCGUUGCUUAUCUCCCGGGCUAAGGAACUGGGCGCCUACGACACCGGAGUGUUCAAGUACGUCUUACCGGACGCUGUGGUGAUAGGCUUGCGGCCUAUCCUCAACCUCCCUCCGGGUGUGUCCAAAUUCAAGUCCAGGCCUUACAACAAGCAUUCCCGUUACAUUGCACGGAGCGAACGAGAAGAUGAGGUGUUGGAUUUCGGCGAACUUGACUUCACACCCAUACCGCAUGACGAGUACGUCAAGACAUUAGAGCGCCGUGUUACCAACCGUCAGGCUAUGAAUAAAAUGCAGUACUUGACCGAUCUUGCGGCUUGGACACCCGGAGACCGAGAAAAUCUCGGUUUGCCAACAGUUUCGCCCAUCUAUCCCCUUCAACACAACGAACUGGAUCGCACGAGAAGAUUCCUCGCCGGGGUUCAUGCUCCGUAUGGGUAUAUAUCGGGCGGUUACGGAUCACUCUUCUCUUCGCACCGUGAAGACGGCUACCUGCUGUCUCUCAACGCGUUAUAUGAGGGCCUGAAGCUCUGGUAUAUAGUGGCUCGAAUGUCCAGCCACCUCAUCGAAGAUGCUGUCAAGAACAGGAAAUGUACGCAAAAGGUGCGGCAUGCCUCUCUCUGGUUUUCGACAUCACAGCUCAAAGCUAUGGGUGUCUCGUUUGUCACCUUGGUACAGCGUCCAAACGAGGUCGUUGUGGUGUUUGGAGAUAUAUACCACCACGGAGGUACCCUUGGCUAUUCUCGUGCCGAGGCGGUAAACUAUGCUCCCUCCGGUUGGAGCAUUGACGGCUACUCUGAAUGCAAACGCAACUGUCCUGGAUUUCCUAUUCCCAAUGAGUACUUGGAGUUCCGCGCCCCAGGUGAGAUACAGCUUGGAUUGCCUCUUGCGGACGAAGAAGACGACCCUGAGUCAAACGAGGAUGUCAGGUCUCCCCAAAAGAGGCGCAGAGGUCCAGCGUCUGCUGCAAGGUCAGACGGCAAAAGGAGAUGUACUGCCGCUGCGUCAAAUCUCACCGCUCAGAGAAUAGCUGAGGCUACUCCAAUCUUACAGAUGGCAAAGUCCAUCUGUAGUGCCGCGGCAGUCGAGCAGGUUUUCAAAGUCAUUCGAAAGAUGAAAGGCAGCAAUGCUUAG